AUGAGUCUUGUGGGUGCAUGUGGAAUAUCAGUGCUGUACAAUUUGAUGAGAGUUUACCAUUUCAUUCAAACAUGCAGUGAUUCCGAGACUGAAAUUGAAAGCAAACUGAGGACAUCCUCACUUGGAAUUCUGAGAGGGAACUGGACAACAGCUCUCCAGUUCUGGACCCUGACGGUCCUCCUGUCUCUGGUAAACUCGAGGGUUUCCUCUCUGAUAGUGCUGGAGUUUUCUCUCAGAGCUGUUUCUGUCUGGGCAUCAGCAGGACUGGAUGCCAAUGGCAGAGGCUUAGACCUACUCCUGAUCCAGUGCCAGUUUCCCCUGGGUUGCGCCCUCAGCUGUACUCUUGACUUCCUCCAUAAGGGGGCUCCACACAGCUCCCUCAGCUUGUUUCUGGCAGCUGCUCUCAGCUGGGCACUGGCAAGUGUUGGCCACAAUCUGUGGAGCCAUGUGGCCAGACUUUAUCCACUACAUAGCAGAGAGCGUUACUGUGGGAAGUGCAUCACCCUCCUGGCCUCUGGACACACCAUACUGGCUUCACUGCAAAGAGCGGUUGUCUUGGCCUUUGCUCUAGCAACUGUGGCUUACACCAGUACGAUUUAUGACCAAUUCCUGUCCCAGAAGGAUGCUCUAAAGUUUUGGAUUCCACUGACACUCUGCUACACCAUGUUGGUGGUCUACAUUCAAGAUAAUCAGCAGCAGCAGCCUGGCAAAGAUGUCCUGCUGCACACUGUCUUGCUGCGAAUGGGAGCUUUACUGUUGCUCAUGCUGACGGUGGGCGACUGGUCUGAUGUCCUCAAUGUCCUCAUCACUUUCCCUGGCGAAGCAGUCUGCCUGCUGCCCUCUCGGGACCUGCUGGAAGCCGCGAUAAAGGAAGAAGAAGACACAAGCUUGAGAAAAUAUGAACAGCGCUCCAGUUACAAAACAAUGAAAACAUCCUCAGCUGACCGCUGAUGUUGAACCCAAAAUCUACGUCAAAUACCAGAGACUACCUCAAAUGUCAAGAUGUGAUGAUAAAACAAUAAAAGGAUUAUUGUGGCCACACUUGUUGA